AUGGAAGCUAUCAGGGGCAGCCAAGACCUUGCCAAUGUUGAAUCUGCUCCUCCUGCUGUGGCCGUUGGUGAGGAUUGUAGUGCGCUUGUUGUGGCUGGCUGCUCAGCUGAGUUGAGUGAGAAGGCUCAGUCCGUCGAUGAUCCGCCUGCCUUGGAAAAGGUCAUGCUCGAAGAUGAUCCUCCUGACUUGGCUUCUAUCCUACCUGGGAUGGUGAGUCAAGGCGUGGAGGAGCGGGCCAAGGUGUUUUCUUGUUUUGACAUGGUUAUGUCUGAGGUGGAGCCUGUUGAGCAGUCGACACUGGAGGAGCCGAAGAUUCAUCAAUGUUUGCCACAAAAUAAAUCAGGAUUUAUUGAAAUAUUUAUUCAAAAUGAGAUAGGACUUCCGAACACUUUUUUGAUGAAUGUAAAUGGCAUUGCCUAUGAGGAUCAUUGCAGCAACAUCCAUGCCUCUCACCAUGGUAAUCCAAGCCAGGAGAAGGUAGGGGACUUUGACCGGUCGGCUAUUGUUGGAGACAAGGUCGAGGAAGACACAAGAGCACUGGUGACCCAAAUCAUGCAGACGCGAAAGGAUGUCAACAAUAGCAUCAAGGUGGUUGCUAUCGUAGGUGUUGGUGGGAUCGGCAAGACCACCCUCGCCCAGAAGGUCUUCAAUGAUGAGGCAAUCCAAGGUGAAUUCAGCAAAAAGAUAUGGUUGAGCGUCAACCAUAACUUCAGUCAUGUUGAUCUGCUGAGAAGGGCCAUCAUUGAAGCUGGAGGAGAUGCCCAACCGCCGGAAAGUGCAAAGACCAGCCUUCAUGAAACCCUCAAGAACACAUUGAUUGACCACAAGACCUUUUUGGUAAUGGAUGAUGUGUGGAACCAUAGAGCAUGGGAUGACGUGCUGAAAAUACCCUUAGUUAAUGUUGGUGCUUCAGGCAGCCGAGUCCUUGUCACUACCAGAGAUGAAGAUGUUGCCCGAGGGAUGAGAGCUAUAUGGCCGUACCACCAUGUCGACACAUUAGUGCCUGAGGAUGCUUGGUCAUUGCUCAAGAAGCAGGUAUGCUCAACUGAGAUAGAUGAAGAUCACAUCAAUACGCUAAAGGAUAUUGGACUGAAAAUUAUACAGAAAUGUGGUUGUUUACCAAUUGCUAUUAAAGUGAUGGGAGGACUCUUGCGUGAAAGAGGGGGGCUACGUCGUGACUGGCAGCAUGUUUUGGAUGAUUCUAAAUGGUCAACAACUAAAAUGCCCAAUGAUCUCAACCACACAGUAUACUUAAGCUAUGAAUAUAUGCCUUCUUACCUGAAGCAGUGCUUUUUAUACUAUUAUUUUCUUCCUAAAAGUAGAAAUUUUCAUAUGGAGCAAGUCGUGGAAAUGUGGAUAAGCGAAGGAUUUAUUCAUGGAAACUCCGGUGAUUUAGAAGAACUGGGAAGAAAUUACUACAAGGAGUUAGUAUCUAGGAACCUUAUAGAGCCAGAUAAAUCGUAUGUUGAAUUAUCGGUUUGCCACAUGCAUGAUGUUGUUCGUUCAUUUUCUCAGUAUAUGACUAAAGAUGAAGCACUCGUAGCUAAAGACGGAGACAAUGAUAUUAUUGCUAAACUUGGUUCACAAAAGUUUCUUCGGUUGUCCAUAGAAACUAGCGAAUCACAGUCAGUUGAACUUGAUUGGAAAUUACUACAGGUGCAUCAAUCAGCAAGAACAUUGAUCUCAACAAUCCAGAUUAAGAUGAUGCCUGGUCAUUCAUUGGUUACUUUUUCUAGUUUGCGGGCUCUGCAUAUAGAAUCUGCAGAUAUGGUUGUAUUGCUUGAAUCGUUGCAUCAACUCAAGCACCUGAGGUAUCUAGCACUAGUAAAUGCUGAUAUAUCUGUACUUCCGGGGAACAUUGGCCAGAUCAAACUGUUGCAAUUCCUUGACCUUUUUGGAUGUACAAAAUUGGUGAGUCUUCCUCAUAGCAUUGUGAAGCUUGACCAGCUGAGGUUACUUUCACUUCCCCAAGCAAGUAUGGUACCUAGAGGGUUUAGUGGUCUGACAAAUAUGAGGAGACUAAAUAUAUUUCGAGCACACAUGGAUGGUGAUUGGGGUAGUUUGGAUGAGUUGGGGCCUAUUUCUCAACUCAGAGUUCUCGAAUUAACCGAAUUAGAGAAUGUAUCUGCUGCCUCAUUUGCUGCUAACGCUAGGAUCGGUGAGAAGAUGCACCUUAUCAGGCUAUACCUAAACUGCACUAGUAAACUGGGAGAUGAUGGGUUAGUCAAUGAGAAGGAAAGUGUCUCUGAGGAAGAGCAGCAACGAAUUGAGAAGGUUUUCGAUAAGCUCUGCCCUCCACAUGGUGUAGAAUAUCUUCAUAUCUACGGGUAUUUUGCCCGGCAACUUCCGAGAUGGAUGAUGUCCACAUCAAUGGUGCCCCUUGACAACUUGAAGACUAUAUUUUUUUAUGAUCUUGCUUGUUGCACACAACUUCCCAAUGGGCUCUGCCAGCUGCCCAGUCUGCACUUUCUACAGGUCUCUCGUGCUCCAUGCAUCAAACAUGUAGGGACUGAAUUCAUGCAGGUGGGGGCAGCCUCAUUUCCAAGGUUAAACAAAUUGAUCUUCAUCGGAAUGGUGGAAUGGGAGGAGUGGGAGUGGGAGGAGCGAGUACAAGCCAUGCCUCGCUUGGAGGAGCUUGUGCUCAAUAAAUGCAGACUGAGGCAUGUUCCUCCAGGCCUUGCCUCCAAUGCAAUCUCUUUGAAAAUAUUAUGUCUAGAACAUGUCAAGAACCUUAGCUACAUUGAGAGAUUUCCUUCUGUGGUUGAGCUUACAGUUAAUGACUGCCCCAACCUGAAGAGGAUCACCAAUCUCCCAAAUGUGCAGAAGGUUGCCAUCAUGAACUGCCCAAAGUUGAAGGUGCUAGAGUGCACCGCUUCUCUCGAGAGGCUAGUCCUGAAGGAUUACACCAUCGAAAAACUUCCAGAAUACAUGCGAGACAUUAAGCUAAGGCAUUUGCAGUUAUUCUGCAGACUAUGGUUGCUCUCUGCGGUAGCCGCGGGACAAUCUGGCAUCGAGUGGGACAAGUUCAGCCAUGUGGAGCAUGCCAAGGCAUAUGCAGCUGAAGGAAACAACCCAAGAAAAUGGUACAUCUUGUACACGAGAAGAGACAACUACGAGUUGGAUUCAAAUAUUAGCCGAUCUAAUGUGUUUAAAGAAACCUUGUCUUCUUCUAUGGUGGACGCACAAGGAUUUGAGUAUGUGUACAAAAUGAGAAGAAGUACCUUCAAUUACGUCUGCUGCUUGGUGAAGAUCCCACUUUUUGAAGAUAUGAUGGCAAAAAAUCACACCUUUGCUGACGGGAAAGUGUUGUCUUUACAAGAUGUUGUGGCUAUUGCUCUGAGAAUGCUGAACUCUGGUGAGCCAUCUGAGACUGUAGGAUCCUCUCUUGGUGUGAAUGAGUCAACUGUCUCUCUGGUAACUCGGAUGUUUGUUGAGGCUAUGUGCCAGCGAGCAAUGCACCACUUGGGCUGGCCAGGCUCUGCCAAAAUGGAGAAGAUCAAACGCAAGUUCGACAAGAUCCAUGGCCUGCCAAACUGCUGCGGUGUUGUACAUACAACUCAUAUCACGUUUGGAUCACAAGACCGUGGCCAUGAGGAGAACGGCAACAUCCUACUGCAAGCCAUUGUUGAUCCAGAUAUGAGGCUCACAAACAUUUGGUGGAACCUAUCAGGUAGCAUGAACCAGUUGAUCAUUUUGCAGGACUCCAGUCUCUUCAAGUCCUGCGAGAGGGGUACUGGGUUGAAUGGUAGCAAGCUGAAGGUAUCAUCUCGUGGUGGAUUAGAAGUCGGCGAGUACAUCAUUGGUGAUGCAGGACAUCCUCUUCGACCUUGGCUCCUCACACCUUACCGGAUAGAGAAUGACCGCUCACUCUCAGACUCCAAAGUGGAAUUUAACAGGAGACACUCUGCAGCUACAGUCGUUGCGCUGAGGGCGUUGGCAGGUUUUAAAGACACGUGGAAGUGCCUGCAGGGAGAAGGUUGGCAUCCAAGUAAUAAACAUGAAAUGUUCUCGACAAUCAAAACGUGCUGGAUGUUGCAUAACAUAGUGAUAGAUAUGGAUGAGGAGGAAGAGGAGGAGGAGCAUGCAGGCAUGCCGAGCGAUCAGGAGUACAGCAAGCAAGUGCGGCAGGUAGCAGACGAGGACGCCGUCGGGGUGAGGGAUGCACUGUCCCAGCACAUAAUCGAAUCUAGAGUCCUCACAGUGGCCGCAGAGGAGGAACAAGAAGCAGCAGCAGUUGCAUCUAGUUCAGGAGAUGGAAACAAGGAACAGGAAGAGCACCGACAACGAAAAGCAAAUCGAGGAAAGGAGAAAGUGGAUGAUAGCUAGCUAUGGAGGUCAGAAGACGCCCCCCCUCCACUUAGUGAUUUUGGUAUAUAUUGUUUCUCUGAUAUUAACAGUUCUUCAAGUCGCAGUUCUCUUCCUAAUUCCUUCUUCUGCUAUGACACUGCUUAAUUCAUGUCAGUGGGAACCAUUAUAUCCUUUGGUGAUACAUUAAACUACUUGGAAAGAAACUAACUCCAUGAAUACUUGCAUCUAUUAGCAACAUCUGGCAACUAUAUAUUUUCUUCCUGUAUUGGCUAUAUAAUGCUUUGAUUGUCCAUUCGCUCAAUAACACUGCAUGAUCUGGACAAUCAAGCUAGCAGAUUUAUAGUACUAGUAUAUAUACUUUGACAAUGGGAAACCUUGAUAUUAGAAACUCCACAUGAAG